AUGUCUUCUACUUCUAAUUCUAUAAAAAUAUUUUCGGGUAGUUCACACGUUGAACUCGCUAAACUCGUAGCAAAACGAAUAGGAAUAGAUUUAUCCAAAGUUGUCGUUUUAAAAUAUUCUAAUCAAGAGACUUCAGUGACAAUUGGAGAGAGUGUACGUGAUGAAGAUGUAUUCAUUAUUCAAUCAGGAUGCGGAGAAAUUAAUGAUAAUUUAAUGGAACUUUUAAUCAUGAUAAAUGCAUGUAAAACUGCUUCAGCACGUAGAAUUACUGCGGUAAUUCCCUGUUACCCUUACGCAAGACAAGAUAAAAAAGAUAAAUCAAGAGCUCCAAUUUCUGCUAAAUUAGUAGCUAAUAUGUUAACCGUGGCUGGAGCAAAUCAUGUUAUUACUGUGGAUUUACAUGCUAGUCAAAUUCAAGGCUUUUUUAAUAUUCCUGUAGAUAAUUUAUAUUGUGAGCCUUCUAUGUUAAAAUAUAUCAAAACUCAUAUAUCUGAAUGGCAAAAUUCAAUUAUUGUUUCUCCUGACGCAGGUGGAGCAAAAAGAGCGGCGUCAAUCGCAGAUCGUUUGAAUCUUGAAUUUGCUUUAAUUCAUAAAGAGCGUAAAAAAGCAAAUGAAGUAUCACGUAUGGUUCUAGUUGGUGAUGUUAGUGGGAAAACUGCAAUUCUUAUUGAUGAUAUGGCAGAUACCUGCGGUACUUUAAAAAUGGCCGCUACAACUCUUAAAGAGCGUGGUGCCUCCAAAGUAUACGCAAUAGUGGCUCAUGGUAUUCUUUCUGGUAAAGCUAUUGAUGUAAUUAACGAUUCACAGUUGGAAAGUUUAGUAGUAACAAAUACUAUACCACAUGAUGACAAAAAAGCCAUUUGUUCAAAAAUUGAUACCAUUGAUAUUUCUCCUACCUUAGCUGAAGCUAUUCGACGUACUCACAAUGGCGAAUCUGUUUCAUUUUUAUUUUCUCAUGCUCCUGAAUAA